AUGGAGGACGAUGAAGAUGUUGCAGACAGCUGGGAAGAUGCAGCGGACAGCGGGGAGAUUGAACGACGAUUUGACGCGAAGCUAAAAAUAAAUCAGGAAACAAAGAAGGCUACUUCAAGAUGCUCUCCAAUGCGAACUGCCAUUGUGAUUCAAGAUGAAUCUCUCCCUACUGCACCUCCACCACAAAUUAGGAUUUUGAAGCGUCCUACUAAUAAUGGCACAGCCAACAACUCUGCUUCCUCUUCACGUCCACAGCAGACAAAAACUUUGGCCCAACGUGAGGCAGAGUAUGCUGAAGCUCGAAGGAGGAUUUUAGGCAGCGCUUCAUCAGAAGAAUCGCCUCAGGACUCUUCAUGCCAAGACAGGCCAGCUCGUUUGACUGUGCAGCAGCAAUCAGACCCCGCUCAACCAAACAAUCACAUAAUUCGACAGCCCACUGGUCCAGAUGGUACUACAGGGUUUCGAAUUUGCCGAUAA